AUGCCAAAUGGACGACCAGAGCAAGGAGGCGAUCUGAUCUGGAAGGUUUCGCCGCCGGAGACAGCCGGAAAUGCCGGGUCGGAUCGAGAGAAACUGGGUCGGGUCAACCGGAUUUCUUCGAUAUCGAAGUGGAAAAUAUGUCCAAUGGGAUGGCAAGGCAGCUUCAGCGGCAAAUCAAAAAAACCAACAAUUGUUCUUGAAGCUGUGAAUGACAUCACUGUUCUCGCACUUUCACCAUUAUUUGAAGCUGUAACAGCAGGUAAGGCACCACAACUUAAUCAACAUGUCAACGGGACUUCUUACGAGUUUGGCUAUUACCUUGCUGAUGGCAUCUACCAUAAGUGGGUGACAGUUGUGCAAUCAAUCAAACAUCCUGAGAAUGAUGCAGAAGUGUACUUUUCCACCAAGCAGGAGGCUUACCGCAAGGAUGUCAAAAGAGCAUUUGAGUUUCUGCAAGCACGAUUUGCAAUUAUUAGGCAACCUGCUGUUUGA